AAGCUUUCUGGCUGUAUAAACUGAGAAAGCCGGAGAGAAUUAUUCUCUCUAACCCUCUUCCACUAAUCUGAAUCUUUCUUAUCAACAAAACCCAUUUCCUUUCUUUGCGAAUCUACUCUUCUUUGAUUCAACUUUAUCCUGGACUAAUAGAUUCUACCCUUGACAAUUACAAGAAAAAGAAAAAGUAGUAGAGGAGAUGAAGGGUAUGAAGGGAAGAUUCCUAAAGAAACUGAAAUCGAUUCGACCCAUCACUCCCUUGAAAUCCAAUCGAGUUCUUCAGCUAAAUGCCUCAGAUGGGUUCUUAGAUUCCUUCUAUCCCCAGUGCACCAAUUGGGUACCUCAGAAUCCACCCAUCUGCAAAGAACAAGAUGGAAAGAUCAAUCAAAGCAAUAUUUCAAACGUGGAACCUGAAAUUAUCGACAUCUCAGAGCUCAUGAAAGACCUUGAAGAAGAUGAAGAAAUUGAGUUGGGCGAAGAAGAAGAUGUUGGCGAUAAAGAAAAUAUUGGGCUUCCGGUAAAGCCGAAAGACAUGUUUUCUCUGAAGCAAAGUCGAAAUCCAGAGGCACCCAUUAUCUUAUCAGAGCCCGCAAGCUGUCAUCUUCGAAAUGGCCCAUUGUCGGAGCUGGACGUGUCAUCUCUCCGGCGACCUGACCUUCUACCUGUCGAUCACAAUUCACAUAUUCAAGAGUCAUCAUCACAGUCUGUAAUACGUCCAGGCCCCUUAUCAGAGAUAGACAUCUCGUCUUUUCGGCGACCAGAACUGAAUUCAGGGGGGAACCUCUUUGAUCCAAACCUUCUUACAGUAUUUGAGAAGGGAGUGAUGGAUCACGUUAGAGCCUUUGAAGCUGGGAGAAAAGCUAGAGCUCUUGAAGCAAUGGAUACGAAAGAAAGAAAAGCUGAACCUGAACCUCCAUUGAAAUCUUGCGGGAUGGAAGACAAACCCCUCUUGGGAUUCGAAUCGAAGUGCCCACCUGGAGGAAGUGAUACUGUGAUUCUAUACACGACGAGCCUUAGAGGAAUAAGAAAGACAUUUGAGGAUUGCAAUAGCAUUAGAUUUCUGUUGGGAAGCUUCAGGGUUUUGUUCUAUGAGAGAGACGUGUCAAUGCAUUUGGCGUUCAGGGAGGAGUUAUGGAGGAUCUUGGGAGGCAGAGUAGUCCCUCCAAGGUUGUUCAUAAAAGGAAGGUACAUUGGGGGAACUGAGGAGGUGAUGGGCUUGCACGAGCAAGGCAAAUUGAGUCAGCUCUUGCGGGGAUUGCCAGCUUAUCAGAACGAAAGCCGGUGUGAUGGGUGCGCGGGAAUACGGUUUGUGCUCUGUUUCAGUUGCAGCGGCAGUCGGAAGAUCAUUCCUGAAGUGGAGGAUGAGGAAGAGGAGGAGGAGGAGGAGGAGGAGGAGGGGUUGCCCAUCAGAUGCCCUGACUGCAAUGAGAAUGGAUUAAUUAUAUGCCUCUAUCUC